AUGCCAACCCGGGCACCGCCAAACACCCCUCUCCCCCAAACUCGCACACCAUCACCAAAGCCGACGACAGCGAUGAGCAGCGAGCGCACGCCCCUAAUCUACCCGGAGGGCCCGUCGCCGGCCCGCCGCCGCCUCCUGGUCGCGGCGACCAUGCUCACCUCCUUCCUAGCUAUGCUCGAUCUUACCACGACCUGUGUGCCGACCAUUGCCUUCGAGUUUGGUGCGUUUGACUGCGAAUCCUGGAUCGGUACAUCCUACCUCUGGUCCAACGUAACAUUCACGCCGCUGUACGCGCGUCUCUCGGACGCAAUCGGCCGACGCACAGCCCAACUCCAAGCCGCAUCCCUCUUCAACCUCGGAACGCUAGCCUGCGGCCUCGCCCCGUCAUUCACAGGCCUCACAGUGGCCCGGUUCUUGGCGGGCAUCGGCGGCGGUGGCGCGAGUACCAUCGCGUCCAUUGUCCUCUCCGAGUCAUUACCUCCCCAGGACCGGGGUUUCUACCAAGGCCUAGGCUUUGCCGUAUUCGUCGCGGGAAUGGGCUCGGCGGCCCCAUCGGCGGAUGGCUCACCCAGGCCUGGGGAUAGCGGGCUGCAUUCUACGCCCAAAUUCCCGUCGCAGUCGCUUGUAUCGUCCUUGGCCGCCUCACAAUACCACAAGACCAGGAGAGGCGAUACAGCGCCGACACCCUCGCCGAAAUCGACCUCGCUGGCAGCGCAACUCUUACCUCUCCACCGGUUCCCGGCUCCACGUCCUCCAAAGGAGCAGCGCGCCCUCGUGGCGAGCGUGACAUUCUUCGUGGCAUUCAUCGUCGUUGAGCCCCGUCUUGUUCGAAGGCCAGUGCUCUCCCUCACCCUCCCACGACAACGCACAGCUCUCUGCGUCGGCAUCAUAGCAGGAGUGAUCGCGAUCGUAAACUUCAACAUGCUGUACCACCUUCCCAUGGUUUUCGAAAUCGUCUUCGACGAGUCGCUCUCCCGCGCGGGCGCACACAUCCUCCCGAACAGCGCCGCCAUGACCCUCUCCGCCCCGAUCAUGGGCUACCUCGUCAAGCGGACGCGGCGGUAUAAGUGGCUCACUGUAACGUGCUGCGCCGGGGCCGGUCGUCGCCAUGGCCCUCCUCUCGGGAUGGGGACUGGAGUCGGGAGCGGCGGUGCGAUGGCUCGCAGUCGUGCCUAUAUGGGCGCCGGGUUUAGCAGCCUGUUGACGCUCACGCUGAAAUCCCAGAUCGCCGUCGCCACCGGCUUUGUGUUCGUCUUCCGUUCGCUUGGACAGGUGUUCGGCGUCGGCGUGUCAGGCGCUGCGUUCCAGGCCUCCAUUGCGGCUGAACUCCGCAAACGCUUCUCAGAUCCCAAGGUGCCUCACUCGCGUCUGUGGCUCACGCCUCAGCUUAUCGAUGCCCUCCGAAGUGUGUCGAAGACCAUCAACCGAUUUCCUGCGCCGGGGGGCGCGCUCGCUGUGGCAGCGUACGGCGCUGCAUUGCGAAACACGUUCCUAUUCGACCUCGCGGGAGCGGUGGCCGUGUUUGUGGCAUCGCUGUUCAUCCCUGACCUGGAGAUCAUAGACGAUGGCGGCAAGGUUGCCGAAGGCGCGGUCGCAGGUGACUAG